AUGGCCGAGUCACAAGAGCUGCUGCUGCAGCUGCAGAAGGACAACCGCGACGGGCGACUACGGAAGCAGGAGCUGGAGGAGCUAGUGCGGGGGCUUGAGGCCGAGAGCGAGAGCCUCACCGGGCGCCUGCAGGACCUGCGGGAGCGUGAGCGCAGCCUACAGCGGAAGCGAAGCCAGGCGGCGCGGGCCCAGAGAGGGGAGGCGCGCGAGGCGGCGCGGGAGCGCGCGGAGCGCGCGCGCGCGCUGCUGGAAGCGGCGGAGCAGCACAAGCAAGACUUGGAGCAACACAACCGGCAGUUGCAGGAGCAGUGGGAGGAGCUGUCAAGUCAGCUCUUCUACUACGGAGGGGAACAACUGAGUCAACAGCGCGCAGAACAGCAACUCGGGACCCAACUGAUGGCUUUGCAGAAACAACUGGAGGUGGUGGAGGCCAAGCACGCCAAGCAGGCCGAGGGCCUGCGGCAGGGCGUGCAGCGGACGGAGGAGGCUUGGGCCAGCUUUCAGGAGCAGAGCGGAGUCCUGCAGGAGCUGCAGGGAAAGGUGAUGGAGGCGGCGGCUACGCUGGACGCCUCGAGGGGCGGCCGGGAACUGUGCGACUCCCAGCCUCGACGGAUGCAGGACUGCGCGGGCUCGCUCAUGGAAGAGGUGGCCAAAGCUGACUGUGAGAGGCGGCUUUUCGGCGGCACCUGCGGAGCGGGCCUCAGGCUGUGGGGUCUGGGCGCGCUGCAGACGCUGCUGUUGCUCCCGCUUGGUUUCCUGGCGCUGCCUAUGCUCUGCCUGAUGCUGGUGAACCCCUCCGCCCUCCGCGGGGGGCUCCCGCGCUUCGACUUGGACGCAGCCUUCCGCGGUUUGCGCUACACUCUGUCCCCGCUGCUCCAACUGCGCGCGCGCGGCCUGCUGCCCGCCUAA